AUCUCCACUCCAUAAACCUCAUCAAUAUUUAUAAAAAAUAAUAAGAUAAUAUAUAAAUAAUUAUUAUACAAAUACAAAUUAUAAAUAUACGAGAGAAAAAUGGGAACAGAGUUUAUUGAUAAUGUUUCUUCAUCACAUGAAUAUCAUGAUCAUGAAAAAGAGCUUGAUGCUGGUGCCCUCUUUGUUCUUAAAUCCAAAGGAUCAUGGGUGCAUUGUGGUUACCACUUGUCCACUUCAAUUGUAGCUCCACCAUUGUUAAGUCUUCCAUUUGCUUUUGCUUCACUUGGUUGGUGGGGUGGAAUUUUAUGUUUGGUGAUUGGAGCUCUUGUCACAUUCUAUUCAUACAACCUCUUGUCCAUGGUCCUUGAACACCAUGCUCACCUAGGUCGCCGCCAUCUUCGCUUUCGCGAUAUGGCCAACGACAUUUUAGGACCAAGGUGGGGCAGAUAUUAUGUUGGACCAAUUCAAUUUAUGGUAUGCUAUGGUGCAGUAAUAGGCUCCACUCUUCUAGGAGGACAAUGUAUGAAGGCAAUUUACUUGCUAUUAAACCCAAAUGGAGCUAUGAAGUUAUAUCAAUUUGUAGUUAUAUUUGGUGGUCUAAUGUUGAUUUUAGCUCAAAUGCCAUCAUUUCACUCACUUAGACAUAUCAACUUAAUUUCUCUUCUACUUUGUCUUGCUUAUAGUGCUUGUGCCACUGUUGGUUCCAUUUACAUAGGAAAUUCAUCCAAGGGACCUAAUAAGGACUAUUCAAUUAGCGGUGAUAAAGAAACACGAAUUUUUGGAGUUUUUAAUGCAAUAGCUAUUAUUGCCACCACAUUCGGAAAUGGCAUUAUUCCUGAAAUUCAGGCAACGAUAGCGCCCCCGGUGAAAGGAAAAAUGUUCAAAGGGCUUUGCAUUUGUUAUGCAAUGCUUUCAACAACUUUCUUCAGUGUGGCUAUUUCUGGAUAUUGGGCCUUUGGUAACCAAGCUGAGGGCCUCAUUCUAAGCAACUUUACACAAAAUGGCCACAAUUUAGUCCCAAAAUCAUUUAUCUUCAUAACCAACAUCUUCACAAUUCUUCAAUUGUCUGCUGUUGCUGUGGUAUACUUGCAACCAACAAACGAAGUACUCGAAAGGACAUUUGCAGACGCUAAGAGCAGUGAAUUUUCAACUCGAAAUGUGAUCCCACGUCUAAUUUCUCGAUCAAUUUCAGUCAUCAUAUCAACUACAAUCGCAGCAAUGCUUCCAUUUUUCGGAGACAUCAAUGCAGUGAUCGGGGCAUUUGGUUUCUUGCCUCUUGACUUUGUGUUGCCUGUGAUUUUCUUCAAUUUGACAUUCAAACCAUCAAAGAAGAAGCCAAUCUAUUGGCUUAACAUGGCAAUAGCAGUGUUUUUUUCAAUCUUAGGAGUCAUAGCAGCAGUUGCUGCUGUUAGACAAAUUAGUCUUGAUGCUAAAACAUAUCAAUUAUUCGCAAAUGUUUAAGCAAACGAACAUUAUA